AUGGCAUAUCCUCCUGCGUAUCAGGUCGAGGUGUAUAGGGGCAUUCUCGAGCUCCGGAUGCUCAGUGAAGAAAAAAACAAUAAGGAGGCAGCAACACCAACAGUGUCUCGAGAAAUGGUUGAUCUCACCGAAGAUGAGCCUGAUGGUAGCGCAGGAUCGAGAGUGGCCGGUGACACAGAAGAGAAUCCGUACAUGAUAGAAGAUGACGGCGAUGAUGUCGAAAAGGUUCUGAUAGUGGAUAGGGACAUCAAACUCCAGGAUGUUGGAUUUUGUUCCUGGAAUGUUCAGCUCCGCGAUGACAGCUUCAUGAGGAUAACGUCACUUGGUGUCGUCAACAAUCGCCUGAUUUGCAUGUAUGGGAGACGCCUAGUGCUGCCAAACAAUGACAUCAAAAGCGAGAUGGUAAUCUCUGAAGAGGGUGGAGAACUGCUUUGGUUGACACAGCUAGAUGCACAAGGUAGAGAACGAGGUCUCGAAGUUCGGCGUGGUCCUCAAGAGAUCAACAGCUUCUGCAAUAUCCUCUUCACGAAUUUGCCGGAAAGUGUCAUCAGAGAGUACCUCAACAACUCCAAUGGCGACUAUUUCUUUUGUCGAUACAGAAGAGCUGUCUCAGCAGGUGUGAGAGAAGACAGCGGCCGCCUCAACAGACAGAAAAGCGGAAUUCUCCAGGUAAUCAGUCCAGAGGAGGCUGAUGACGUUGAGAUCACUCUUGGCCCUUGGCCCUCUCUUCGAGCAAAAGCCUGUGAAAUUCGUGAAGCAUUCCGAGGAAGGCGACAGAUUGGACCAGCAAGAGCAAAUCCCAACAGUUACGUCUUUGCCGACUUCUUCAGUGGUGCUGGCGGGGCGUCUCAGGGCGCGGUUGACGCAGGUCUGUCGCCCCUUUUUGCUCUCGACCAUGAUUGUCCUGCGGUGAAGACCUAUGCAGAAAACUUUGCCCGAUAUGGGACGAUGAUAUUCAACAUGGGGGUCACCGAGUUCCUAAGACUCAGCAAUUCAUAUACGUCUGAGACAGGGAGACCGACGCUGAUCGACAUUGCACAUAUGAGCCCGCCAUGCCAACCAUUUUCUCCGGCAAACACAACGCCAAAUCAGAUGAUGAACGAGCUGAAUGAAGCGACAUUCAUUACAGUCCGGGACCUCCUCGAAGCCUUCAAGCCUCGGAUGGUGACUCUUGAGGAGACAGACGGGCUUCUCAACAACAAACACAUGAUGUGGUUCCGGUGGCUGCUCAAAACAUUCAAGAUAUUGGGAUAUAGCGUUGUGUGGAGAUCUGUCGAGAUGGUCAACUACGGAGUAGCACAAUCAAGGACGAGACUCAUCCUUAUUGCUGCAGGUCCUGGCGAAUCGUUACCUCCUUUCCCUGAACCAACUCAUGAUGGGCCUGGUUUAAAACCGAGACCCAGCAUUUAUGGGGCUAUUGGAAACAUCACGUUGCCGCCUGACCAGCACUUGGGUCCUGUGAAUGACUUUCCAGCACGAAAGCGUCCCUUGCCUUGGAAUGGACUUGCUGGUACUGUGACGACGAAUGGCGGAAGCAAUAACUACCACCCAGACGGGUGGCGCAAAUACACUGUGACCGAGUUAGCCGCCUUACAGACCUUUCCACCGACGUUCCAAUUGCAUGGCAGGGCUGUGACGCGGUGGAGGAAGCAGAUUGGAAACGCAGUCCCUCCAGCAUUCUCCCACGUCCUGUUCAAGUCAAUUAAGGAAUGGCUUUGGAAUGCUGACCAGGCAGAAAUCGGAGGUGCUGCGGUUGCAAGGGCUGAGGGUAGUCGGUUGUAG